AUGGACUCUUUAACUCGAACACUCCCAGCUUCCUGGUUCUGUAGUUUGGCUCUUUACCAGCUAGAGAGAAGAGCAGUUUUCUUGAAAUCAUGGCAUUUUCUUGGCCCGGUGACUCGCUUCCAGAGCCGAUCUAAGAAAGUAACCUGUGAGAUUGCUCAAGUCACGAUUAUAGUCGAGAACAGAAGUCCAGAACACGAUGGAAUUGACGUAGAUGGAAUCACUGUCUAUGCCGAAGACGAGAACAUCAAGAUCAAAAACCACUUGACACCCAGCGGUUUACUAUUUGUCACACUUUCUGAUAAUACUCCAAGCUUUGAAGAUUUCUUCGAGGGUCUCGAGCAAUUGACGAACAAAGUUGACUUCACGAAACUUCCGCAUCGGCGCAGCAUCUCCUAUGAAGGCAAUUUUAACUGGAAAACCAUGUAUGUAUCGUUCUAUAUAGAUAACACUCUAACUUUUUCAGGAUUGACGGGUUUCAAGAAUGUCUUCACUGUCAAUAUAGUAGCCCACCCCACCUUCUCCAAAUUCUACCCGCCAACCUUCUACUCCGUAACCAACCAUAAGAACUUCAGCCAGCACAUGGCUGAUCCAUCCAAGCAAUCCGAUGGUCUGUUCCUUUAUUUCUUUCCCAUCUGCACUCUCAACGUGUACGGUGGUGGGAUGUCCUCUUUCCGAACUCUUCCAUCUACUAAACCUGGAGUAUCAAGAAUGGAAUUCGAAUAUUAUCAUUCUGGUACAGACGAAGUGUUUGAGGAGUACUUCAAUUUCGUCAGACAAGUUGCGAUUGAGGAUUUUGAGUUGUGUGAGAAAGCCCAGGAGAACCUCGAGAGGGGUGUUUAUGGAGAGGGGAUCUUGAAUCCGGUGAAGGAGAAUGGAGUUCAAUUCUACCAACAAAGGGUUAAGGAGUUAGUAUAUAAGCAACACGCUUCUGAAAAAAGUGCGAAGGAUGAGCGUAUUAAUGCUACGCAACUGCCCGUUGGAGUAGUUGAGGAGAGCAAAGUUAUUGCGGUGCAGUAA